CAUAACAUUCUUAAUGUGUGUAUUUCAGAAUAGAGGGAGCAUCACGUUAAAGACUCGCCACUAUGGACAGAACUGUUGUUAUUCUCAUAAUUACAUUAGCGUGGCUUCAUUCGUUAAAUGCAGCCUUUACUAAUUUGGCAUUGAAUAAGGCGGCAACCCAAACCGACACGCAUAUCGGAGGAGAUGCAUCAUUGGCUGUGGACGGGUCUAGUUUCCAGGCAUCUUCUUAUGCGGACUCUGGUUGCACAAGGACCGUGUCUGAGGACGCGUCUUGGGAGGUCGAUUUGGGAGACCUCUAUGUGAUAAAUCAAGUGAAAAUAAUAAAUAGACUAGAUUACGUCGUAGCACCUGAUAUUGAUCAGUGGGUUUCUUCGAUUGCAAGUUUUUCCACUGAAUAUACGAAAGAACCAGGAUGGACCGCCAGUGAGAUGAUUGGAGCAGCUAAUGUAUAUCCGAACUAUGGCGAUAUAGAAGGGACAUGGGCUCAAAAAGAUAAGGGGAUAGGAAAUGAGUUCAUUGAGGUAAUGUUUACGACGAAAGUUUACGUUUCUAAAGUUGAUAUCUACGAGACGGAGAAUUCUGGGGGCGUGACGUCAAUCAAGGGGCGUCAAUCAGGGCAGUGGAUCGUUCUGUGGUCAGGGGCCGCAAGUCAUAUACAGAACGUCCGCAUUUUCAGUCCGCCCCUAUUGACGACCGAAUGUUUCACGAAUCAUAUCCGCAUCGAGGUGGACACUUCAAUUUCAAACUCGUGGGUCGAAAUAGAUGCAGUGAAGCUGCAUGGGAAAGAAAACAUACAAGUCGGACGUUUGCAAGACGUCGAGGUAUAUUUCGCUAGAGAGAAAAACGCAUACACGUUAGUCAAUUAUCAAGCUGGUGUUGCCGGUGACAGUGUUACUUUCACCGAGGAUAUGUUUGCACGCUGGAUCAAAGUCACACGACGAACGCCUUUUAAAGCACUCAGCUUAUGCGAGGUGUUGGUUUACGGUUUUCUGCCGGAUGACACAGCGACCUUCCGGCGUCUGUCAUCUCACAAACCCAUAGGCACUUCACUGAAGGUCAUCAACAGUUUGACGUCAGUGAUGAAAUGCGCCGCGCACUGUGACCGCCAGAUGGCGCCAAGAUGUAGGUCAGCACAGUACAACCCGUCAACGAAAACAUGCUCUCUGUACCAGUGGUUUGACAACGCCUUGAACACAAACGCUAACUCCGUCAUGCUCGUACGUGAAUAUGGAGUGCGGUUUCUUACAUAACCAAGAAUCCGUCUAAUUGAAGGGACAAAUCGACGGCUGGUUAUGGUACAAUUAUCAUCAAUACGUUUAAACUAUAUGGUUGCAAAGCAUAUAGAUCUAUGUUUUAAAAGUACGUUUUAUGAAAUGUGUAAUUCCAUUUGUGUAUCAACACACUUGUUAAAAAAUGUCUCAUAAUCGCAUCGUAUAAUGAAUUAUUUAAAUUCGUCAA